AUGAUGAUGGAUAUUACACAAGCUUCGCAGCAAGGCAAGGGAGCUACUAGCAGUGAUGGCUCAAAGUUAACCUCGAUUUUUAGCUUCAUAGAUUGUGACAAUGAUAUUGCUAGCAAUCAAUCUUCUGUGCGGGUGUUGCGGUCCUCAGUCACAGCCAGAUCAUUGAAGGCACAAGCUUUUGAUUUGCAAUUCAGCUGUUUAAUUUCGCCGAAGCAAUUAGUAGUAAUUAGGGUUCAGGGAGUGGAAAUAUUGUCCCAGUUGGCCGAAGUGGCGAGAGGAACAUUGUCUGAAUUUGAGAAUGCUGUGCUUCGCGAGCCGUCGAGGAUUCCUGUGCCCGGAGGUACAAUUCACCCCUUGACUCGUGCACACGGAUUAGGAACAACAGCAUUGUCAGCAAAAGAACUGGAGGCUCUCCCAUUUUGCGCCAUUGCAUAUGCUCUGACUGGUAUAUUUGGUUGUCUGAUUUUCUCAGUUCCGGCAGUCAGGCAAAGCUUAAUCAGAUGUGCACACGGAUUAGGAACAACAGCAUUGUCAGCAAAAGAACUGGAGGCUCUCCCAUUUUGCGCCAUUGCAUAUGCUCUGACUGGUAUAUUUGGUUGUCUGAUUUUCUCAGUUCCGGCAGUCAGGCAAAGCUUAAUCAGAUGGUGCGUUGGACUCCAAACAUAUAUUGUUUUUUUGACUCAAGUUUCUUUAGCAUUACUAAGCAUUGGCUGCAAAAUGCUACAUUCUCCAAUAAUUUUUUUUAAGUUGAGACUGUUUGUCAAAUUUAUCUUCCUUCCUUUUCUGGGUGUUGGGGGGUUAUUGAUUAAAAUGCCAGCUACGUUUUAUGCUGCUACAUCUUUGUUUCCUGAUGUGGUUCAUUCAUUUGUCUCUGAUUUUCUCAAGAAAUUGAACUGAAGGUCUGUAUGUAAAGCAGCUUGAAUAUAGAAACAUUUUUGUGGGCCGUAUUUCAUGUCUGUAAAAUUUUGUUGCAUCCAUCUGGGCCCUGUACAUUGUCAUUGGUUG